AUGGUUGUUGUUGUUGGAUGGUGGUUGUUGUUGGACGGUGGUUGUUGGACGGUUGUUGUUGGACGGUUGUUGUUGGAUGGUUGUUGUUGGAUGGUUGUCGUUGGAUGGUGGUUGUUGGACGGUGGUUGUUGUUGGAUGGUGGUUGUUGUUGGAUGGUUGUUGUUGGACGGUGGUUGUUGUUGGAUGGUGGUUGUUGUUGGAUGGUGGUUGUUGUUGGACGGUGGUUGUUGUUGGAUGGUGGUUUGUUGGACGGUGGUUGUUGUUGGACGGUGGUUGUUGUUGGACGGUGGUUGUUGUUGGAUGGUUUUUGUUGGACGGUGGUUGUUGUUGGACGGUGGUUGUUGUUGGACGGUGGUUGUUGUUGGACGGUGGUUGUUGUUGGAUGGUGGUUGUUGUUGGACGGUGGUUGUUGUUGGACGGUGGUUGUUGUUGGACGGUGGUUGUUGUUGGAUGGUGGUUGUUGGAUGGUGGUUGUUGGAUGGUUGUUGUUGGAUGGUGGUUGUUGGAUGGUUGUUGUUGGAUGGUUGUUGUUGGAUGGUGGUUGUUGGACGGUGGUUGUUGUUGGAUGGUGGUUGUUGUUGGAUGGUGUUGUUGUUGGACGGUGGUUGUUGUUGGACGGUGGUUGUUGUUGGAUGGUGGUUGUUGGAUGGUGGUUGUUGUUUGGUGGUUGUUGUUGGACGGUUGUGUUGUUGGACGUGGUUGUUGUUGGACGGUGGUUGUUUGUUGGACGUGGUUGUUGGAUGGUGGUUGUUGGAGUGGUGGUUGUUGUUGGAUGGUUGUUGUUGGACGGUGGUUGUUGUUGGAUGGUGGUUGUUGGACGGUGGUUGUUGUUGGAUGGUUGUUGUUGGAUGGUUGUUGUUGGAUGGUGGUUGUUGUUGGAUGGUUGUUGUUGGACGGUGGUUGUUGUUGGAAGAUUGUUGUUGUUGGACGGUGGUUGUUGUUGGAUGGUUGUUGUUGGACGGUGGUUGUUGUUGGAUGGUUGUUGUUGGACGGUGGUUGUUGUUGGAUGGUGGUUGUUGGACGGUUGUUGUUGGAUGGUUGUUGUUGGACGGUGGUUGUUGUUGGACGGUGGUUGUUGUUGGAUGGUGGUUGUUGGUGGUUGUUGUUGGAUGGUUGUUGUUGGACGGUGGUUGUUGUUGGACGGUGGUUGUUGUUGGACGGUGGUUGUUGUUGGAUGGUUGUUGUUGGACGGUUGUUGUUGUUGGAUGGUGGUUGUUGGACGGUGGUUGUUGUUGGACGGUGGUUGUUGUUGGAUGGUGGUUGUUGGAUGGUUGUUGUUGGAUAGUUGUUGUUAGAUGGUGGUUGUUGGAUGGUUGUUGUUUGAUGGUUGUUGUUGGAUGGUGGUUGUUGGACGGUGGUUGUUGUUGGAUGGUGGUUGUUGUUGGAUGGUGGUUGUUGUUGGACGGUGGUUGUUGGACGGUGGUUGUUGUUGGAUGGUGGUUGUUGUUGGAUGGUGGUUGUUGGACGAUGGUGGUUGUUGGAUGGUUGUUGUUGGAUGGUUGUUGUUGGAUGGUGGUUGUUGGAUGGUGGUUGUUGGACGGUGGUUGUUGUUGGAUGGUGGUUGUUGUUGGAUGGUGGUUGUUGGACGGUGGUUGUUGUUGGACGGUGGUUGUUGUUGGAUGGUGGUUGUUGUUGGACGGUGGUUGUUGUUGGACGGUGGUUGUUGUUGGAUGGUGGUUGUUGGACGGUGGUUGUUGUUGGAUGGUUGUUGUUGGACAGUGGUUGGUUUUGGACGAUUGUUGUUGUUGGACGGUGGUUGUUGUUGGACGAUGGUUGUUGGAUGGUGGUUGUUGGACGGUGGUUGUUGUUGGACGGUGGUUGUUGUUGGACGGUGGUUGUUGUUGGAUGGUGGUUGUUGGACGGUGGUUGUUGUUGGAUGGUUGUUGUUGGAUGGUUGUUGUUGGAUGGUGGUUGUUGUUGGAUGGUGGUUGUUGUUGGAUGAUGGUUGUUGGACAGUGGUUGGUUUUGGACGAUGGUUGUUGUUGGACAGUGGUUGUUGUUGGACGGUGGUUGUUGUUGGAUGGUUGUUGUUGGACGGUGGUUGUUGUUGGAUGGUUGUUGUCUGACGGUGGUUGUUGUUGUUGGACGGUGGUUGUUGUUGGACGGUGGUUGUUGUUGGAUGGUGGUUGUUGGACGGUUGUUGUUGUUGGAUGGUGGUUGUUGGACGGUUGUUGUUGGAUGGUGGUUGUUGUUGGAUCGUGGUUGUUGUUGGACGGUUGUUGUUGUUGGGUGGUGGUUGUUGUCCUCCACGGUCUUCAGGUGAACCACGAGAGCCAUCAUGAGUCCAGGACCGGGGUCCGAGCCGAGACUCCGCCCCCAACGCCACAAACAGGAAACAGGAAAACCUCUGCAACAGAAUCCAACUCGCUCCCAAGCUCAGCUCCAGCGACUGUAGUCCAUGGUGUCCGGGAGGGGGGAGACUCGAGAGGCAGAGGGGGAGACUCCAGAGGCAGAGGGGGAGACUCCAGAUGCAGAGCACAUCAGAGUGGAGGAGGAUGCAGUUCUGUGGAGCAUCUCUGCUGCGCUCUGGUUUUACUCUGA